GGACUGGAUUGCCGGGAUUGCCUUGCUUAUGAUAGUAAACAAUCUUUUUUUAGGUUAGAUGUGUAAUCAAAAGACAAAAAUCUAACUUCAAGUCUUUUAAAAGGUACAAAAAUGCAUUUUUGUCGUGAAACCCAACGAUUUAAACAAUUAUACUUACUCAAAAGAACUCUAAAUGAUCAUAUUAGAUACUUAAGUGAAACUUCCAGAAGUCCUCGAACCACUGUAAAUUUUUCGAAUGGUCGGAAUUUAACUCUAACUACAGGCCAAUUUGCUCGAUUAGCAGACGGUUGUGCCGUAGGAACCCUAGGCGACACCUCUGUAAUGGUAACAGUGGUUUCCAAAACUAAACCGAGCCCCAGCAACUUUUUACCAUUGGUUGUAGAUUACAGACAAAAAUCGGCAGCUGCUGGACGAAUCCCAACGAAUUUUUUCCGACGUGAAUUGGGACCCAGUGAAAGGGAAAUUUUAACUUCUAGAUUGAUUGAUAGAAGCUUAAGACCCUUGUUUGAUGAACAUUAUUAUUAUGAUACACAAGUUGUUUGUAAUAUGUUAGCAGUUGAUGGAAUAAACAAUCCGGAUGUUAUUUCAAUAAAUACAGCAUCUGCAGCAUUAGCCCUAAGUGAUAUACCAUGGAUGGGGCCUAUUGGUGCUGUAAGAGUAGGAAUGGUUGAUGAAGAAGUAGUUAUAAAUCCAACUAGAAAAGAAUUAAAUGAUUCCAAACUGAAUUUAAUUAUAUCGGCGACAAAAAAGAAUUUAGUUGUUAUGUUAGAAGGCAAUGCUGAUGGUAUUUUAUUGCAAGAUCUACAAAAAUCUAUUAAAAUAGGCACUAAAGAAACUCAACAAAUUAUUACCCAAAUUGAAAAUUUGCAAAAAGAAUUUGGUAAACCUAAGAGAAGUAUACAAGCAGCUCCUACACUUAGCGAAGAAAUUACUGAGGCCCUAAGGUCCUUAUCAUCUAUGAGAGUUAGCCAAAUUCUUCAAAAUUACUCUUUAGAUAAAAUAGAACGUGAUGUAGCCCUUGGAGAAGUAAGAACAAAUGUCCUAGAAAAAAUAAGACACUCCUUUCCUGAUGCUGAUUCAAACUUAGUUGGUGAAGGCUACAAUAAAAUAGUAAAGCAAACCUUUAGGGAAUUGAUUUUUGAAAAAGACAUUAGAUGUGAUGGAAGACAUUUGGAUGAACUUAGAAGUAUAUCUUGUCAAGUGGAUUUGUAUAAACCAUUGCAUGGGUCAGCAGUAUUUACUAGGGGUCAGACACAAGUUUUGUGUACGGUUACUUUGGACUCACAUGAGAGUGCUAUGCGAUUAGAUCCUCUUAGUGUUGUAACAAGUGGUGUCAAAGAAAAGAACUUUUUCCUCCAUUACGAAUUUCCACCAUUUGCCACGAAAGAAACGGGUAGGAUAGGUCCAAUUGGCAGAAGAGAAAUGGGACAUGGUGCCUUAGCGGAAAAAGGCUUGUUUCCUACCAUUCCAAGUGACUUUCCUUUUACUAUUAGAUUGACAUCGGAAGUUUUAGAGUCAAAUGGAUCCAGUUCAAUGGCAAGUGUUUGUGGAGGCAGCUUAGCUCUGAUGGAUGCAGGGGUUCCGAUAAAUUCUCCAGCAGCAGGAGUUGCCAUAGGCUUAGUUACAAAAUACAAUGGAGAACAAAUUGAUGAUUAUCGAAUACUUACUGAUUUACUUGGUAUUGAAGACUAUAUGGGAGAUAUGGAUUUCAAAAUUGCUGGCAACAAUAAAGGCAUUACAGCAUUACAAGCUGACAUAAAAAUAUCAGGCUUACCUUUGAAAAUUGUUAUGGAAGCUCUUCAAAAGGCUUCAGAUGCCAAAAAGAAGAUACUUCAAAUAAUGCAGAAAUGCAUAGACAAACCGAGAUUAGAUAAAAAAGAAAAUAUGCCCGUGGUUGAAAAGUUUGAAGUAGAAGCACACAAAAGACCAAAAUUGUUAGGAGUUGGAGGGACAAAUUUGAAGAAGCUAUUCGCAGAAACUGGGGUACAGGUGUCUCAGUUGGAAGAUACAAUGUUUCAAAUGUUCGCCCCAAAUCAAAAUGCCAUGGACGAGGCCAAAGAAAUAAUACAGAAGCUGUUAACCACAGAAAGGGUGCCUGAUUUGGAGUUUGGUGGGAUUUAUAAGGCUACAAUUGUUGAGGUCAGAGAUAUUGGUGUUAUGGUUACAUUAUACGCUGGUAUGCCUCCCGCUCUACUCCAUAAUUCGCAAUUAGACACAAGAAAGGUUGGACAUCCUUCAGCGUUAGGUUUGGAAGUAGGGCAAGAAUUGCAAGUGAAAUAUUUUGGUAGGGAUCCUGUGUCUGGCCUUAUGAGGUUAUCCAGGAAAGUUUUGACAGCAGCUAAGAUGUAAAGAAAACUGUGUUUGCCUCGUAUGUACAAAAUGAUAAUGGAAUACAAGACAAUUGGAAUAAACUUGUUGUAUGAUAGAAACAUCUGAAAAACUUGAUAAGCGCCAAAAACUAGCAAUAUUUUUUAUUACAAAGAUUACAGUGUAUCGAUUUUUUAAACAUCCUGUAUUUACUUAAGACUGUGAUUAUUUUUCUUUCAACAUUUUUUUUUAACUGAAUUAAUAAUGAAUAAUUUUUGUGUUUUUGAAUUGAAAAUUAACAAAUCUUCCAAUCGUUGCAAACAUUGGAGAGUGUUGAAAACAAACACAAUGUUAAAAAGAAGAAUAUACAAUGAACAUAAUUUGUUAUGGGUCAAUGGUUUAUUAUAUCAAAAGUUCACAACACAAAUGUAUAAGAACAUUAACAUUAAACACCAAAUAAAAAUAAUCGUUCUGCAUAAUAAUAAUUAUUAAAGUGUGACUCUAUGUAAACUCGCGCAACAAAGGGAACAAAGAAUGCAUGUGUUGUGAAUGCGAAUAAUAAUCAAAUUUUAGUCCUUUCAUUUGAGCUAGCAAAAACAAAUAAAAAAAAACUCAACUUAUGACACAAAACAAACUUAUAAAUAAGCUAAUGGUAUGGCCAAAAAAUGAACUAUAGAAUGUUUAAUACCUAUUUAGAAGUACCAGUCGUUCUAGUGACUAAACGUAUGUCGCUUCUUG